UUCCGGGGCAAAUUUAAUUCGUAAUGACAUAUUGGAUAGUCUGUGUGUUUGUCUGCAGACGUUUGUGAUUUUAUAUAUUAUUAUUUAUCCUAAGCUUACUUCUGAAACAGUAUACCUGGAACUGUACAACCAAACAUGUCUUAAUGUCUCGCUUACUGUCACGUUCUUUAGUGACGGAUCCAGAUAUUCUGAAGUCCCGCCUUUUAAUAAUCUAAAUAGAGCUUUUCAGUAUGGCGUUUGGUUCAGACUUGUUAUGUGGAACUAUUUCGUAUUAUUUUAUGGUUCGAAGUGCUUAUGUUGAGAUGAUACUACACGAGAGUUUUUAAUCUUUAACGCAUUAGCGGGAUUAAUCUUGAAACUGAAUAUAACGGAGAAAUUUGACUACAGCUGUCAUGCGCUAUGCAAACAGCCACAGCAAAUAAAUAGCCAACAGUUUAUAUUUUAAUGUCGGAUUUGGUGUUUAAACGGAUGAUUAUUUUUGAAUGGUUACGAUUGCUUCGAUCCAAAGUUCUAAAUCUUAAAAAGCUGAAUAAUUCUGAAUUUUAAAAAGUUACUGUUGUGCCGAGAGGUUCUAUUACAGGAAAAUUAUGGAGAAUAAUUGUAGAAUAGAGUGCAUAUUUUUCAGUGAGUUUCACCCUACUUUGGGGCCAAAGAUUACCUACCAGGUUCCUGAAGAAUAUAUUUCAAGAGAAUUAUUUGACACUGUGCAAGUUUACAUCAUUACAAAGCCUGACCUACAAAACAAGCUAAUUACAGUCACAGCAAUGGAAAAGAAGCUGAUUGGUUGCCCGGUGUGCAUCGAGCAUAAGAAGUACAGUCGCAAUGCUCUGCUCUUCAAUUUGGGCUUUGUGUGUGAUGCGCAGGCAAAAACCUGUGCCUUGGAACCAAUUGUGAAAAAGUUGUCUGGAUAUCUCACUACAUUGGAGCUGGAAAGUGGUUUCAUCUCCAAUGAGGAGAGCAAACAGAAACUUGUGCCCAUUAUGUCGACGCUGCUGGAGGAACUCAAUGCCAAAGGAGCUUGUACCUUACCAAUAGACGAGUCCAACACCAUUCACCUGAAACUCAUAGAGCUACGAAAGGAUCCUAUGAUAGUGCAAGAGUAUGAUGUGCCAGUCUUCACUGAGUGCAAGGACCAGUUUAUUAAGUCACAGUGGGAUCUAACCACACAACAGAUAUUACCCUAUAUUGAUGGUUUCAGACACAUCCAAAAGAUUUCUGCGGAAGCUGAUGUGGAAUUGAACCUUGUCCGGAUUGCUGUGCAAAAUUUACUGUAUUAUGGGGUUGUAACAUUGGUUUCAAUAUUUCAGUAUUCCAAUGUGUACUGCACCACUCCCAAAGUACAGAAUCUCAUAGAUGACAAAUCCAUUCAGGAGAAGUGUCUUGCCUACGUCACCAAACCUGGGCAGAAGCGGGCCAGUCUCAGGGAUGUAUUCCAGUUGUAUUGUGGUUUAAGCCCAGGCACCACAGUGCGUGAUCUCUGCUCCCGGUAUUCACAGCAGCUCCAGAGAGUCGAUGAGAGGAAGCUGAUCCAGUUCGGACUGAUGAAGGGUCUGAUUCGUAGGCUGCAGAAGUACCCAGUCAAAGUGGUUCGUGAUGAGCGAAGUCGACCUCCACGCCUCUAUACUGGCAGCCACAGCUAUGAUGAGAUCUGCUGCAAAACAGGAAUGAGCUACAGAGAACUGGAUGAACGACUGGAGAAUGACCCCAAUAUCAUUGUCUGCUGGAAAUGACUCCAGUAAUGCUGAACUGGAAUUGAGGGAUUAUUAAUUAUUAAUAUCUUGCUGUGAAUAUAGUGGGGAAAAAAAUGUUUAUUUGCCUGCAAUUUUAUGUUUUGUAAUGUAUGAAAUGAAUUAAAGCUGUAAAUAAAACAA